GAGGAAAAAUGUGCAGAGUAGCCAAGUAAAUCGGGUAUUUGGUAGGUAAGCAUGGUUUUAAGAAUAACAGCUAGUGUGAACUUCAUGCUUCUUGAAAGGCACGCAAGCAAUCAGAUCAGCUUAAAAAUGGUGUAGCAAACAAAACAAGAACUCAAGUGCUGGCUUUAACAACUUUUGAAGAUUUUAAAACAGCUUAUCAACGGUUUUCUUUGGAGACAUACAAAAGCAAUCCAGUCCCAAAUUAGCGCUAAAGAUUCAGAACCCAAAACAACACAAAGCAAACCAUUGUUCAAAUGAUUUUACCAUUUCUUGUGUAGAAGUACAAUUUCAGUCAAUCUUUCUUGGCUAUAUAGCAAGUGAAAGGUAAUCAUAUUUUUUAAGCAAUUCACUAUGGAGAGGGAAGGUGAUUGUGAUUUUGAUCCUGAUGCCAUGAAAAGUAGCAGGGAGACUCAAUCUCUGAAGCAAGGCUUACAAAGAGGGUCCAACAUUCAGGAGUCUUAUUAUGAUAAUAGUUAUGAUACUCUGGAAAAGACUCCUUGGAAGAGAUCUUUUCAUUUACAUUCUCAAUCAAUGGACUACCAAAAUUUUAGAGGUGGGUCGGGUGUGAGUCUAAGGCUGAAGAUGACAAAACGCCCAGCUUCUCCUUCUCCUCAUGAUAACAAUCAACAUGGCAAUGAUACACCUUCCUCUGCCUCUCUUUCUUUCUCCUUCUUUUCCCCACGUACUUCUUUUGCCCAAUCGGAGCUCCAACUUUGCAGCCUUGGAGAGGAAGUUGCAGGAACCACUAAGACUACCAUUAGUGAGGAGAAAGAGGGAAUGCCGAGUACAUUCUAUGAUGCCAGGAAAUCAACUUCGGCUUUGUUAGUUAAUCCCAGGAGGCCCCCUGCUCCUAUGUCUUCUAAUGAAGAAAUUUGUCCUCAGCCACGCAUCCAGCAGGGCUAUUCUGUCCGACGGGCAAACCUGCCCAGGCGAUAUAGCCGUUCUGAAUCACACAUAGUUCUACUGGAAGAAACUCACGAUAAAGCCCUUGAAUUACCAAAAAUUGAGGCUGUGCAGCCAGACCCAGGAAAAGAUCAAGAUUCUAGUGCUAGUAAUGCGUCCAAGAAUGCAGCUAAAAACCCAAAAUAUUCCUCCGAGGGUUUUGAAUCAUCAACCCCUGUGGAGAAUUUUCAUCUGCCCGCGACCAAGGAGGAAGAAAAUCUUGAAAAGAAUGACACAUCCAUCGAAGUUUUAUCAGGUACUGGUAGUAAUGGGUCAUCCAGCAAACCAACGAAUGAAGAAGUAGAUAACGGUGAAGAAAGAAGGGGGUCUGACUCUACUGCAAACAUCGAAAGGAGCUCGGCUUCCAUGACAAGUUACGACGAAAGGAGAGAGGAGACAGAGGCAGAGGCCGAGACAAUAGCUUUGCAAGGGGCUACAAGAGCUAGAGACUUAGAUAGGUUGAAGAGAGAAGAGGAAAUGAUUAUGGCAUGGGAAAGGAAGCAGAUCGCUAAAGCCAAUGAACACAUGAAAAACUUCGAGAGAAAAUUGGAGAAGAAAAGAGAAAAAGAAAUUCGGAAAACUCAGAAGAAAAUAGCCCGAGCCCACAAAAAAGCAGAGAAUAGAAAGGCUGCUAAAAGAAUAAAGUUUGAAGUUGAAAGUGUUGGGGCGUCAUCCCUGGCUAAAAGGAUUCGUUCAGGAAAGCUGCCAUGGAAGUGUUAUUUCUUCUGAAAAUGGGUGUCAGUCACUGUUUGUUGUGUUUUUGUUAGUUAAGUAUAUGCUGUUUUAUACAUGGUGAUGGAACACUAUGGUGGUUAAGUUCUUCAUUUAUACAUGGUGAUUGAACUCUAUGGUGGUUAAGUACAAUUUGUUGAAGAAAAGAAUGACAGGUGAAUGUGGUCUAUGUGCAAAUAGUAACCUAUGUUAUAACUGAUGAUAAUAUCCAGCAUUCAAUGAUACCAUAUUAUUCUUGUCUAAAAAUUAAUAAUUUCAGAGGUUUCGAUUUCCACCAUAAAAAAUAGAGCUGGAUUACACGACACUUACAAUCUGAUGAGGGUUGCCUAUCAAUUACAGAAUUGGAAGCAAAAAUUGUCAAAUGUACGGAAUAUAUAUUUACUAUGCUCAUUAUCCCGUUUCCCCGUUCAA